CAAUUUUCCUGCGUUGAUCAGCGAUCAUCGAAAGACGUAAAACUAACGUGAAUUCAUUAUUCAACAAGCAAGGUCGAGUACAUCAUCAACUCCGAUCGGUGUCUACAUUUUGUUGAAAAUGUGUUUUUAUCCACAUAAAAACUUAAUAUAACGAAUAUGGAGCGAAAAUCGAGAGGAUAUUUAUGUGUUCUUUGCAUUCUCAUUGGAUUUCUAGAUUCCGUGUCACCUCAAAUGGUCUUUCUAGCACUUAAUCAACAGAUAAUGUAUGCUAAUCUGACGUCAGAAGAUACGCAUAUGAUUACGGAUUCCAGGUUUAUGUUGAUUUCCACCGUUCAAGCUGCCCCGAGUUCGAUAGACUAUGAUCCCGUUGACCAACGGGUCUACUGGUCGAGUCAUGAAACUCAUCAAAUUGGUCGCGUCAGAUUGGAUGGGUCUGACGAUGAGGUCAUAAAUGGAAUACCAGCUCCAACUGAUGCUAUAGCCUUGGAUACCACCAACCGUAAAAUAUAUUGGGCUGUAUUAUCCAGAUAUGAGGUUUGGCGAGCCGAUCUGGACGGAAGCAAUAAUGAACUAAUUUUAGGCUCAUUGGAUAUGUUAAAUGCGUUCCCGAGUGGACUAGGAAUAGACCCAAUUAGCGGGAUCUUAUUUGUGUCAGGUUUACGAGCUGGGCUAGAUGGUUCAUCCCCGAUUCAAGACAAUCCAAUGACCAUGAUGGGGCGAAUUCUUUCUAUUCAAGUUGAGCAGUGUCCCUCGGGGUUUCCGGGUUCAAAAUUGUGGAGAUAUACUGAAGUGAAUGAGAUAGACUUUCAAUACUCUGAUGGUAGCGGCCGAACAGUGGUGACCAUGGUUCCAAGUAUGAUGACAACAGAUCCUAGGGUUUCCUUUGGUAAAUAUGGAGCUAUCGCAACACUGGCAGAUUAUACAACACACACAUUACUUUCGGUCAAUCUCACCAGCGGAGUGUCGUCGUCACAUAGUGAUGUUACGCUGACUGAUGGCAAUACACUUAGUACUUAUGGAACAAGUACCGUUCGAGUUGUGGAAGGAUCGCCAAGCCCAGUAAUUGCCAAUUGUCCAAGUGAUGUCGCAGUCGCUAUCAAUUCAACAACCACGUCCGUCACAGUCAGUUGGACCGAACCUUCAAUAUCGGAUACUUCGGUUUGUGCAGACCUUACCUUUUUGGGACCGGGAACAAACGGAGGAAACUACUCGGUUGGGAGCUGGACUCAAACUUACCAGGCGACAGGCUUUUAUGCAAAUACGAUGUGUUCUUUUACAAUAAACAUAACAGUAUCAGCAGCGGAUAAUGGAGGAUGUGUCGAUCUGGAUGCAAACUGUCCGAUGUGGAGCUCGUUUUGUACUACCAACAUAUAUGCUAUGAACAACUGCAAACUGACCUGCAACCUCUGUACAGAUAAUACAGGUUCGCCGCCUGUCAUCAGUGGAUGUCCAAGUAAUCAAAAUGUCAACACAGACAUUGGUAAUGCUACAGCUUUAGUCACCUGGACACCACCUACAGCUUCAGACUCCGACGGUACUCAGACACUGACAUCCACCGACAAUCCUGGAGAUUACUUCCCUAUUGGAAACAACACAGUGACCUACACAUCAACAGAUAAUAAUGGAUAUACAGAUACAUGUACUUUCUCUAUAUCUGUUUCUGACAACGAGAAUCCAGUUAUCACUGGAUGUCCAAGUAAUCAAGAUGUCAACACAGACAGUGGUAAUGCUACAGCUUUAGUAACCUGGACACCACCUAAAGCAACAGAUAAUUCUGGUACUCAGACACUGACAUCCACUGCCAAUCCUGGAGAUUACUUCCCCAUUGAAACAACACAGUGAAAUACACAUCAACAGAUGCUGCUGGAAAUACAGGAAUAUGUACUUUCUACAUAUCUGUUACUGACAAUGAGAAUCCAGUCAUCAGUGGAUGUCCAAGUAAUCAAGAUGUCACCACAGACAUUGGUAAUGCUACAGCUUUAGUAACCUGG